CCGAAGAGUUCACACUUGGCGUGCUGCAGAACAGCAUGCAUGUAUAUAUAAAAAAACUCUCGGGAGUGUACAUUAUAUUUAACAUGACGAUAAUUAUAAAUGUAAUGAAGUGACCUCUUCAUAUACCAGUCGUCGAUUCCUCAUUUAUAGCGCAUUAAAAUUUUCACGAAGUUAACACAGUGUUCCCAAACCAAAGUGUCUGCAAAAAGAUAACAAAGUGAGGUUAGGAAGUGUAAAUGUCUCAUAUGUAUUAUAUAUAGACACGUAUUGUUGCACGAGAGUACGACGCCUACACCGAAAAUAGAUAUACCUGGAGUAUGUGCAUACUUGUUCACGCACACUUUUAAUGCUUUAGUUUUUGUGUGCGACUUGGAGAACUCCGGGAAGUCAUAUGCUUUGAAGAAGUGGGUUACUUAGUAUCAGUUAAGGAACUCUCUUUACUUGGCUUUGCUCUCUCCUCUCUCUAUAGCCACAGUAGGACGAAUUCACGUAAAAGAGAUAUAUAAAUAUAUACAUAGAAGAAAGAGUGAGCAUAAGGAUACAGUUGCUCUUUUUUCUUCCAAAGGACGAAGCGGAGGCGCUCCGAAAGAGGCACAAUUGAACCAUGAUGUCCGAUCGUAAAGCCGAAUUAGAAAGGAAAAAGGCUAAACUUCAGGCCAUCAGAGAGGAAAAAGAAAGAAGGAGAAGAGAAAAAGAGCAGAAAGAUGUGGAAGAGGCAAGACUUCGGGCCUCAAACACGAAUAGAGAUCAACAAAAAGAAGUUGAUGCACUGUUGUCCUCUUUUGGUGUAGCUCCUGUUUCAGAAGUACUAUCUAGUUUAUCCAGUGCAAACUCCAUAGCUACUCCAGAGCAAAGUAUCAACGCAACUCCAGAUGCCAGUUUACAGCCAAGUAGUAUUAAUUCAACACAGAGUGUGCCCAAAAAACGAAAUCGCGAACUUACGAUAGUAUCGGUAGCCCACACGAACAUUCCACCCAAAGAGCCAGUUGUCUACACGAAGCAGACGCAAACAGCGCAGGUUGUCCACGCGAGCCACGACGCUCAUGCAUUCGACUAUUACG